AUGGCUUCACAUACGGACUUUAUCACUUUUUCAAGCAGACGAAGCGUCGUCCAUGCAACAGACGGAAUCGUAGCCUGCACGCAGCCCCUCGCUGCACAGUGUGGGCUUCGGAUUCUCGCGAAAGGAGGAAACGCUGCCGAUGCAGCCGUAGCAGUCGCUGCUGGUAUGAACAUGACCGAGCCAUGCAGCACAGGCAUCGGAGGCGACAUGUUCUGCCUCUACUACGACGCGAAAACUAAGAAAGUGUCUGCUUUGAACGGAUCGGGACGAUCAGGCGCCAGGUGCACUCUUGAGAGGAUUAGAGGAGAUCUGGGCAUUCCUGACGGGACGAGUGGGAAUAUUCCCAUGACGAGCGUGCAUAGUGUUACGGUCCCUGGUGCUGCUGCUGGGUGGGCUGACACUGUGGAUAUCUUCGGUUCUGGAAGAGUAACCCUCGAAGAUAUCCUGUCUCCCGCGGCCGAGUUGGGCGAGAAAGGCUUUCCAGUCUCCGAGCUCACAGCAAGCUUCUGGGCAUCGGGGGAAACAAAGCUCAGAGAAGCAUCCUCCAACUUUUCGGAAAUGCUCAAGAAAGACCCUACUACAAGUGACGGCUUUCGUGCCCCCAGAGCCGGAGAACUGAUGCACAAUCCCAAUCUGGCAGAAACCUUCCGUACUCUAGGUAAAGAAGGAAAGAAAGGAUUCUACACUGGUAGAAUCGCGCAUGAGAUUGUAAAGGUAGUUCAAGAUCUCGGUGGACAUAUCGAGCAUGAUGACCUGGUUCAUCACAUGGCCCUCGGUACCGAGCGCGUUGAUCCCAUCUCUCUGACUUUCAGAGAUGAAGUCGAAGUCUGGGAGCACCCGCCGAACGGACAGGGUAUUGUCGCUCUCAUCGCUCUCGGAAUCCUGGAGGAGCUGGAGAACAACGGGACGAUACCCAAAUUUGAGGAAAUGGGCCACAACUCAGCGGCAUACAUCCACGCCAUCGUAGAGUCUUUGCAUAUUGCCUUUGCGGACGCCGUCUGGUGGGUCACGGAUCCGAAUGAAGUCAGGGUCCCUGUCAACGGCCUACUUUCGAAAGAUUACCUAGCUGAAAGAGCGAAGCUUUUCGAACCCAACAAAGCAUCACAUAUUCAGCAUCACGGUAGUCCAGCCUUCAACCACUCGGACACUGUGUACUUCGCAGUUAGCGACCGCGACGGCAACGCCGUAUCGUUCAUCAAUUCAAAUUAUGGUGGCUUUGGAAUGGCUGCGAUUCCCCAGGGCUGUGGCUUCACUCUGCAAAACCGAGGCGCGAAUUUCAGUCUCGAUCAAGAGCAUCCGAACGUACUGGCCCCGAGGAAACGGCCGUACCAUACUAUCAUUCCAGCUAUGGUUACAAAUACGGCAGAUGGGAGUCUAAACUCGGUGUAUGGGGUGAUGGGGGGUUUUAUGCAACCGCAAGGUCACGUGCAAGUCCUGUUGAAUAUGCUGGCGUUUAAGCAGAAUGCACAGACUGCGCUCGAUGCGCCGAGGAUUUGCAUUGGGGCAGGGAUGCCGGACGAGGGAGAGGUGAUGGAUCAGAUCAUCUAUUUGGAGGAUGGGAUUGGAGAGGGGGUAGAGGAGGAGCUGAAGAGGAUGGGCCAUAAUGCGCAGAUUGUGAAGGGGGCUCAGCGGAGUCUGUUUGGGAGGGGCCAGCUUAUCAGGAGUGUAAUGGAGGAUGGAAAGUUUGUUUACUCGGCUGGGAGUGACCUGAGGGGCGACGGGGGGGCUUUCCCUGCGUGGUAA